AUGACGAGAAUUUUAACCCUGGAGCAGAAGCGUCGACAUUCCCCAGCUGCGACCGGCUCAUCGAGGUCUGCGACUUCUGAACCUUCGCUUCGGACCUCCCUUUCUCCUCAGGAAUCAAUAUUUUCAAAUCCUGCGCCAGUAAUAUUUCCAACAAGAUAUCCGUCAGUAGCAACGUCGACGGCGUCUUUGGGAUCAUCCACCCCAGUAUUCACUCCUGAGUCGAGUCGUUCUCCGUCUAUCAAUAGGAAUGACCCCUUCUUGUUCCCGGAACUGAGAUUUCCAAGCGAUGUGUCUCCAGACGAGCCUUUGCCUUCAGUUGAGACCGCGACAUGGGCUGAGUUUCCAUCUGGAGCUUUGACUCCCAGCUCACCGACCACUCGUGCGAGGGUGCCCUCAUUGUCAAUUUCCCCAUCACCAUCAAUCCUGCUCUCCCCGCGUUUCUAUAGAGCUGCUGAUAAUGUUUCUGGGAGACUCAGUUUAGCUCAGAACUUCUCUGAGACCGGAAGUCUUGCUCAUCGCCUAGAUCGACUUGUUAUCGAUGACCUCGAUAAGGCCCCAUCAGAUCUAGGAUUGUCGGACAUUAGAGCUGGGCUAUCGAAUCUUUUCAUCAAUAAUGGGCGACGAAGCCCCCACCUAAGCAGUCCUGCGCCUUCAAUUAGGCAAAGUUCCUCGAGCCCACGUCCCCUUCGUCGAUCGCGGGCGGGUUCUGAAGUACCCUUGGUGUAUUACGACGUUAAGGACGAGGAACUGCCAGAGAGCCGCUUCUACAACCCUGCGGUCCAAAGUGCCAUCAAGGAUGCGAAAGCACUGAUGACCCGGUUGGUAAGCACUCUUGAAGGCAGUCCGCUUCACAUCAGCCCCGAUUCAACAAUUAAACGACUACAUGGCCAAGCACUCCAUCUGUCCCACUUCCAAGGACCUUCGAUGCGAACCAUCGGGUUUGUAGGAGACUCUGGAGUCGACCUAGGAAAAAGUAGCGUCUUGAACUCCCUGCUAGAUAAAAGGCAUCUCGCCAGAACAAGCAACAGCGGAGCCGCAUGCACCUGCGUCGUUACUGAGUAUCACUAUGCGGACGGGCACGAUUUCGCGAUCGAGGUGGAAUUGUUCAGUCAGGAUGACCUCAUGGAGCAGACGAAGGAGUUGCUCCAGCUGUACCGGCUUUCUCACCUGAAUGAGGGAGAAAUCAUGGGAAAUGAUGGGGCGGCUGCAGCUGUCGAUAAUGAAGAGCAGGCGAACGUUGCUCGAGACACUUUUCGAUCUAUGUUUCGAGGACGGCUGGCGAGCGAAGACUUCCUUCUCAACGAGUCGGAAAACACUGUCUUGGAGACCUUUAGGUCUUGGCUACGAGAGAUUGAUCUUCCGGUCGGAGGAAGACAUGAAAAGGCUUCGCAAGACGAUUGUGCUGGCUUCCUGGCUUAUUUGACAUCUGAGUCGACUGAUACGCGGACACCGGCUGUAUGGCCUUUUGUCCGUAAGAUCAAGGUGUUCCUCUCCUCGCAUAUUCUGAGUAAGGGUCUAAUCCUCGUCGAUCUUCCCGGACUCCGUGACUCGAACUCGGCACGCAGGCUUAUUACCGAAAAAUAUUUGGUCAAAUGUGACGAGAUUUUUGCAAUAUGUAACAUCGGGCGAGCAACUACAGAUGUUGGCGUGCAAAGCGUUUUUGGACUCGCGCAGAAGGCCGGAUUAUCCAACGUUAGGAUCAUCUGUACAAAGUCUGAUGACAUUCAAGCAGAAGAAGCCAUGAAAGACUGGCAAGAACGACACGCGACUCGUAUUCAACUGCUCAGCGACGCAGUUUCAAUUACUCGGCGAAAGAUUGAAAACAUCGAUCACGGAUUGUCGUCUUUUUUCGACUUGGAAUUGUCGGAGCUAACAGAAAAGGAACAAAUUGAUCUAAAUAUACUCCAGAAGGAGCAGAGACAGGCCAAACUCAAGGAAUAUCUUAUGCAGACCCGGAACGCCAUGGUCACCAGCCAACUUCUUACAACGUACAGAAACAAGGUUCCAGGAGGAAAUCUGGCUGUGUUCUGCGUCAGCAACAGGCUAUACUGGGAUGAACGAGACAAGCCGAGGGACGUGGCGCUGCCAUCGCUGCAGCUCAGCGGUAUUCCUGCGCUUCGAAGUCACUGCCUCGGCAUUAUUGCGGACAGUCACUUAAGUAUCGCGAAGAGUUUCAUUGAAAACGACAUUCCCGCUUUACUUGGAGAAGCUACAUUGUGGGUUGAGUCUGGUGCCGGGAGCGCCCGUGCUGAACAGAAGCAUCAAAUUCGAGACACGCUGAACUUGAUCGAGUCUCGGCUGAAAAGGGACUGCGGCGGUAGAUGCCGCACUAGAAUGGCAUCCCCGUUCUGCCGCAAUUUUGGGAACCACCAUACCAGCACGGCCGGAUGGCAUGACUGGAAUGAGGAAAUGAUCCAUACUAUGGUCAGGGAUGUGACACCUCAGUGGGAUAUCAUGUGUACAUCUUGCAGGGAAAGACUUGGGCAGAUUAGCCGCCUAAUCAAAGGUCACAUGGAAUGGGCGCUUGACUUACUCGGUAAGGACGUUUCAACCAGAUACUGGGCUCGCUUCGCUAAAUUCCCGUCAGAAAAUGAGCUCGGGACUUUCCCUGGAGUCACAGAUCUUCUCCAAGAAAUUCUGAUCUGCUACGAAAACACAAUGAAUUCCCAAGUAGAGGCGCUCAUCGACAGACUCGGCACUGAUUUGAACACGCUGCGUAUAAACGCACUUACCGGUAUUCGGACGUCCAUGCUCGGCCAAGCGAUGGAAGCCCCUUAUAAAAAAUGCAAUGCAGACUAUGGAGGUGGAAGUGACAGGAGACGUAAAAAUAUCAUCCGCAGCGCCGUUGAUCGAGUGGACCUCUUUGAGAAUCACAUGACUGAGUUUAAGAGAAGAAUGAGGCUUUUGGCAGAUCAUGUGCAGACAGAGCUGCGAGCUAUUGUCCAUGGUGGGCUAACCGCGGUUGUAGCGGUUCUUAAUUUGAUCAGGGAUGAAAAUGUUGCGACAGAGAGCGAGGAGAACCCCGCGUUGAGACGACGCCUGGAACAGGAGAUCACUGUGAUUAAGGAGCAGAUGGGACGGAUAAUCAACAUCAUGGAAUAG